UUAUUACUAUUAAAGCUUCGAACUUUUACGUGACCGGAAAAAAAUUCUGGAAAAAAAUUCUGGAAAAAAAGUCUCGAACUUUCUUAAACUCUUACUCCCGAGAGUCUCCGAAGUUCUUGUCAUCGGAUCAGUCGAGCAUUGUUUCUGCAAAAGAGAGUUUGUGCACAAAUAAAGCUUUCUCACUCAUCGCUUGGACUAUUCCUGAGGCAACUUGGCAUGGGAGUUGUGACAGUUUCGACCUCAGCGGCAAGGACUCCGUUAGGAUUGAGCGCAAAAUCAACAAGCCAGAGAUCUACAUUCAGAAAGCCGUUGAUAGUUGCAUUUAAAACAGAUGAAUCCAAUAAGACGGCAUUGGUUGCACCCCAGGGGAAAAUACCUUUGCCUAUAGAAACACGAAAGAAGCACCAAAAGAGAAUAGGGAAAGCUAGAAAACUCGCAAAAAGUGUGAAAUCUACUGCUACUGAUGUAGCUGCUCCGUGUACUACUUUGGAAGUGGAUUACAAUGAAGCCGCUGCCAAGCUGGAAAACUUGUACAAGCGUAGCCCCGAGAUUGAAGCUGAUGUGGAUGUGGAAGAUGCAGAUGGCUUGAUGAGGAGGGGUCGCAAAAGGAGGAAGAAGACUAGCGAAAGCAAUCAUGAGAAAGAAGAGAAGAGAACAAGUGAUAUUGUGGUUAGAAGCAAGACAAAGAAGGCGAAAAGAUUGAAUCUUGAUAAAAGGGUUUCAUUGAAAUGGAACAAGGACGAGAAAGUGGUUUCUUCAGUUCAAAAGAGGAAAGAUCAAAAGAACGAAAUGGAGAAGAUUGAGGAGCUGGUUAGGGAGUAUUCGGCUUCAACUGAUCUGGUCAGUUUGGACUGGAAAAAGAUGAAGAUUCCUCCGGUUCUCACUUCUUCAGAACAUGCUUGGUUGUUCAAGCUAAUGCAACCUAUGAAGGGUCUCCAUGAAGCGAGAGAGCAAUUACAAAAAGAUUUGGGGACAGAACCAACCAACGGCGAAUUGGCUGAGGCGACAAACAUGAGUGUGGUUCAAGUGAAAAAACAUUUCGAAGUUGGUCGAGCUGCACGAAACAAGCUCAUCAAGCACAAUCUCCGACUUGUGUUAUUCGUCAUUAAUAAAUAUUUUCAAGACUUUGCAAAUGGUCCAAAAUUUCAAGACCUCUGCCAGGCAGGAGUAAGGGGGCUUAUUACGGCAAUUGAUCGCUUUGAACCAAAAAGAAGUUUUCGGCUUUCCACAUAUGGUCUGUUCUGGAUCAGGCAUGCCAUCAUACGUUCCAUGACAGUCUCAAGCUUUACUCGUGUUUCAUUUGGCCUUGAGUCGGUUAGGGCGGAAAUUCAAAAGGCCAAGCUUGAGAUGAUAUUUUCGCUCAAAAGGAUUCCAACUGACGAAGAGAUAAUCGAAAAAGUUGGAAUUUCUCCAGAGAGGUACCAUGAAGUAAUGAGGGCCUCAAAACCUGUUUCCUCUCUUCAUUCAAGGCAUGCAACCACACAAGAGGAGUAUAUCAACGGUAUUACUGACGUCGAUGGUGUUGAAGGUGAUAACCGGCGGAAACCUGCUCUUCUCAGGCUUGCUAUUGAUGAUGUGCUUGAUUCCCUGAAGCCGAAAGAAAGCCUGGUGAUCAGACAGAGAUACGGGCUUGAUGGUAAGGGGGAUAGAACAUUGGGGGAGAUUGCUGGAAACUUAAAUAUUUCACGAGAAAUGGUUCGAAAGCAUGAAGUCAAGGCUCUCAUGAAGCUCAAACAUCCAGCUCGAGUAGAUUAUCUUCGCAGAUACAUAGUCUAAAGUGAUCGACACAUAUGCAUAUCGUCUUUGAAAGAUCUUCCACCUUCGGAUUACUACUGAUUGCCAUCUCAAUGUUGUAUACCACUCACGUUUGUACCAUAGAAGAAAUUUAUAAAGGUCAGUAAAAUAGAGAUCUCAUACUAUCCAGUUCUACGGAUGAUAUAUAGACUUCGAGUUUCCAUACAUGUACCCCGUGUAUACAUGAAAUGUAAUAUUUUUCACCCCGUUCAUACAAUAAUGUUCCAUAUGGGUACCAAA